GUUUCCUGCUUAGGAACUUGCGAAACCACCUCGCCUCGAAAUCGCUCGGAACAAGGUUUUUUGCCGAACUCGUUUGACUUCAUAGGUUUGCGUCUUUGUCGCGGCUGCUUUCAUCAACCAGGAGCAAUCCUUGAACCUUAAGAAUGCAGCCCCACGGCCUCGGCGGCUCGGCGCUGCCGUCGUCCCGCGGGGCGGACUCGUCGCGAGGCGCUGAUGCCCCCGCCGGCCCUGCCGUGGCCGGAUUCAGCGCCGAGGCAAAUCGGAUCGCCAGAAUGGUGGAGUCCGUCCUGUCCGGGCCGCUGCAGGCCGCCCUGGAGCACGCCCGCCACCGCGCCGCCGACCCGCUGAGCGCCGUUGCGGCCGACCGCGCGUUGGGCACAGCCUUGGAGCGCACGUACGAGCUGAUCAAGAUCGCCGGCACCAGCGACCGUGAUUGCGAGGAACGCUCUUCCGCCUCGGCGCUAGUGCUUCUGAAACUGGGACCGAGCAUGCUCGAGUUGCGCUGCAAGUUGAUGGAGAACCAGAUUGAGCUGGUGAAGAGGCGCAUCGCCACGCUCGGCGGGCAGCAGCAGCCGGCGUCGUCAGAAUCGACGGCACCGCUAUCAACAGCGGCCGGCAGCAGUGGAGCAGCUGGCGGAGGUGGAGGCGGCAAUGGUGCGGCGGCGGCCGAAGGCGCGGACGGCACGUGCAACGCGCGCAUGUGCUCGCGGCUGGCGAUCAUGCUGACUCAGUGCGCGGUGCGGGCCACCCUGACGUCGCCUCUGCCGGCAGCGGCCUCCAUUGCGGAGGAAGGGAUGCUCCGCUACCUGCGCUCGGGCACCCUGCGCUCCUGCGCCCGCCUCGCCGUCGAGCACCAGCGCUGGUUCGCAGCCGACACACCGGACAGUGGCAGUAGCAGUGGCAGCGGCAGUAGCAUGGGGCCGUUGCGCGCCGGCAGCAACGUCUACUCGCAGGGCGGUUACCUCAAGCGUGGCGCCGGCGUGGCCGGCGGCAGCAGCGGCGCUGCCGGUGCCGCCGGCGCUGCCGCCGCCACAGCUGCUGCUACUGCGGGUGCAGCGGCGGGCCAGCCGCCGCCGCAGAAGCUACAGCCGCCGCGGGCGCUGCUCUCUCCUGAGGAAUGGGACCACGCUAUGUGGCUUGUGGCGAUGGACCUUCACGGUCUGGUCCUGAUGCCGGCGAUGGACGUGCAUAAGCUGGCGGUGGUGCGGAGAGCCCACGCCGCGCAGGGGCGUGUCGCGGCGGCAGCACGGCAGCAAGUCGGCGGUGGACAGGUCAUUUCCGACGACAAGGACGCAGCUGCCAUGCUCUAUGCCAUGAAGCGACAGCAGGACCCGCCGGAAGCAGCAGCCGCACUCCUCGCCGGCGGCCGCGCCGGCGGCGCCGCCGCCGGCGGUGCUACAGCCAGCAGUAGCGGCGGCGACACGACGCAACAUCAGCAGCAGCCGCAGCCGCAGCAGCAGCAGCGUGACCUGGAGGAGGCGCUGGCUGCGGAGCUGGCCGCCAGCGGUCUGUUUGAUCACGCUGUGGAUCUGGCGCUGGCGCUGUUGCAGGCGGCGGAUGCCGAGGUGCGCCGCCGCUCCGUCACAGUGAUGGGUGGCCGCGUGGCCAAGGGCCUCGAGCAGGGCGUGCGCUUGAGCACCAGGCUGGACAACUGCCUAGCGGUGGUGGACAAGGCGCUGGUCCUGAUGCUGCGCAACCUGCCUAUGUGCUACAGCCGCUGCUGGCGCCUUGGCGGCGGCAGUAGCAGUGGUGCUGGCGGCAGCGGCGGCGGUGGCGAAACGGCUGUAAGCAGCGACAUGCCGCCGCCGCCGAAGGUGGUGGCGGCGGCGGACGCGGCGGCAAGCGCGGUGGGGCCGCGGAUGCAAUGGCUGGUGCUGGCGCAAAUGGCACGCACGCUGGAGGCCCUCGGCUACGGCUCUUACGGCAGUGGCGGUGCUGGCAUCAGCGGCGCUGCCGGCAGCGGCGGUAGCGGCGGCGGCGGUGCCGGCAGCGGCGGCAGCGGUGGCGGUCAUGGCGACGCGCUGUUAGGUUGGCCAUUCGAGGAGGCGGCGCGGGCGCUGCCUCUGUUGGGCUACUCCUACCCGCCGGAUGGCAGUGUGGAAGAGGUUGACCUGCGGGCGGGUGCGGCAGUGCGGCCGCACAUGGAGCUGUCGGUGACGCCGUACAUCGCCCUGGCGGAGCUGAUGGAGUGGGCCGCCGCCGCCGCACCCGCCGCGGACUGUGGCGGCGGCGGCAGCGGCGGCGGCGGGUCCAUUUGGCCUCUGGCCGCCUUCGCUCCGCGCGCCACGGUGUUUGAGCUCUGCAUGCGGGCGGCGGGCCUGGCAGCGGCAAGCGCGCUGAAGGAGGGGGCUGAGAAGUCGGGCGGUGCCGGCGGCAAGGGCAAGGCCAAGAGCAAGGGGAAAGGCACCAGCACCGGCGUCUCCCCUGACCUGAGCAGGGGCCUGAUGGCUCCGUGGCUGCGGGUGUUCCCUGACUUUGGCAGCGGUGGCGCGGGUGACGGUGGCGGCAGCACGCCUAGAAGCUUUGCCAAAGGCUGGGUUAGCCUGGAGCAGGAGCUGGGGCCCGAGCUGUGCCUGCGCAGCCUGCUCGCCGCAUCACAGGCCACGCCCGCCGACCUUAUUGGCAGUGGCAGUGCCGGCAGCGGCACCGGCAGCAACAACAACGGCACCAGCGGCGGCACCAGUAGCGGCGGCACCAGUAGCGGCGGCACCAGCGGCAGUGCAGGCGAUACCAGCGGCAGUGCAGGCGGCGGCAUCAGUGCAGGCGGCAUCAGCGGCGGCACAAGCAGCACAAGCGCUGACGACGCGGCUGCCUGGCUACAGCGGCGGCGCGAGUGGUGGGGCUGUGUGGCGGCGGCGGUGCGGCUGCCGGGCCUGUCGGGCCGGCCCUAUAGGGAGGCGCUGCAGGAACAGGCGCGGAUUAUGCGAGGUGAGGGAGGGCCCGACGGGCGGCCCUGGUCGCGCGACCUGCCCCAAGUGGUGUGCAGCCUGCUGCGGCUUGAGCUCCGGCGGCUGGAUCCGGUGCGACAGCAGGUGACGGCAGCGGCCGCGGCAGCGGCUGUGGAAGGCGUGCCCAAGGCUACGGCGGCUACCCCGGCGGCUACUCCGGCGGUUACCCCGGCGGCGUUGCUGGCCGCGACUGUGGCAGCUUUUGAGCCCUCGCUGAAAGCAGCAGCGGCAUCCCCACGUGCCGCGGCGCCGCUGCCGCCGCCUGCACCGCCGCCGCUGCUUUACGCCUUCCCGGCGACGCCCUCGCCGGACGUGGAGGCGGCGCUGGCGGCUGGGCUCCUGCCCGCCGUGGAGGCCACGCUCCGCCACACCGCCUCCGAGAAGCCCAAAGGUGGCGGCGGUGCGGACGUCGUCGGCAUUUGCGGUCCCUUGCAGGCGGGCCGCGGCUUGGUGUCGUUCGAGCGCACUCCGGCGGUGGCGGUGGCGGAGAUGGCGGCGCGCUGUCUGCGCCUGGAUCUGGUGGCGGGGCUGAUGGGGCACGGCACGGACCUGUUCAAGGACACCAGCGGCGACCCCGGCAGCUGUAGCAGCAGGAGCAGCAGCAGCAGGAGCGGCAGCAGUAGCGGCAGUGGGAAGGAGGGUGACAAGGCGAAGGGAGAAAAGCAGAAGGCGCAGAAGCAAGGUGCAGACGGCGGCGGCGGGGGCGGCGCUGGUGCAGCAGACAUGGCGCUGCCUCUGCUCUGGGCAGCGCAGCCGGGCGCGCUGCAGCAGCAGCUGCAGCUGUUGGCGUUCGCGCCGCCACGCCAGGCGGCGGCGCUGGCGGCCACGAUGGGCAAGCUGCUGAUUUGGAGCAAUGCGCCCUUCCACAAGGCAAACAGCAUUGGGGCGGUCAUGAGCGAGAGCCGUAGCUUCGUGCUGCGGGUGCUGAAGGGCGAGGCCAAGACGGAGAUGCUGGUGCUGACGGAACUUCUGAGCAGCUGCUGCCAGGCGUGGCCCGCCGUCGUGUCGCACCUGGUCCGGCACCACGCCGGAUUUGGCGGCGGCGGAAGUGGCGGCGGUGGCAGCGGCGGCGAGGGUGGCGGCGGCCCGCUCGUUCAGGCGGCGGCGGCGGUGCAGCGCGCGCCGCCGCCGUUGCACCAGCUGCGGCGGCAGGUGUCCUUCGCGCUGCACCGGUGGCUGCCGCCGCUGAUGUUGACCAUGACAAACGGCAGCAGCUCGCCCGUGGGGUCGGUGGGCGCCGUCGCCGCGCGCCGCGCCUGCCUGGGUGCGCUGCACGCCAUGCACGCGUUGCUGUGCGCCUGGUACGCCUUCAAGAAGAGCAACAUCCUCUUCAUGUCCGCGGAGUACCCCGCUGCCAGCGGCGGCGGCCGCGGCGGCAGCGGCGCACUGCCGGCCGCGGCGGCCUCUGCUGCAGAGCGCGCCCGGCGCGCCAGCGCCGAAGCGGUCCUGAAGCAGACCCUGGUGGAAGAGACCAGCUGGCGUCAGUUCGUGGGGCUGGACGCAAGCCUGGCGACGCUGCUGGCGGGUGCGGUGGACCUGGUGCUGCAGCAGACGGCGGUGGACAGCUGGUGCUCGAAGGCGCGGUGGGGCGACCGGGCUAUCUCGCGGGAGGCGGCGGCGCAGCUGACGGCGCUGAGCCGGGAGAUCGGGCGUGCCUUCCUGCUGGUGGCGCCGCUGGCGGUGUCGCUGCUGCCCGGCGAGGUGGCGGGCGUGCUGACGGAUGCCGACCAGGCCGAGGAGGAGUGGCAGGCGAUGCAGAGCCGCCGCAAGAGCAGCAGCAGCAGGAGCGGCGGCGGCGGCAGCGGUGGCAGCGGCAGCGGUGGCGGCGGGAGCCGCGGCGGCCGUCGGGCUGCGGCCGCGGCGGCGGAGGACGAGGAGGAGGAGGAGGAUUUUCCGAGCGGCGCAGCUCGCCGCGCGGUCGCGCUGAGCCGGGCGCGGUUGGGUCGCUUUUUCAAGCUGCCGGUGCUGUUGGGUGCCGUGCCGGAGGCGCCGCAGCACUACGAGUUCGUGCGCUACGCACUGGAGACGAUGCGCUCGCAUACCCCUACUGUGUAUGGUGCUGGUGGCGGCGGCAAGAACCCUGACGAGCUGUGCAUUGCCUGCUUGGGCAGCUGGGGACUUGGCCACCUGGUGGCCUUUGCCGGCGUUCUGGAGUCGCCUGCCGGCGCCGCCAUGGCUGCGGCACCUGCGGCACCUGCUGCCGGUACCGCCGCCGCUGCCGGUACCGCCGCCGCUGCCGCGGACGCGCCCUCCGCUGCAGCUGCAAAUGCCGCUGCCGCGGACGCGCCCUCCGCAGCAGCUGCAUAUGCCGCUGCAGGUGCUGCGGCGGUUGCGGAAGCGGCGGGGCCGGGAGGAGGGGGUGCCGCGGCGGGCAGCGGCGAGGCGCAGCAGCCUGCUGCUGCGGCGGCGGCGCCUGGUAGUGGUAAGCUGCUGUGACUGCACGCGUGCGGCAACCCACGUUGCCUGGACCUGGAGGGGGAGAGCGAGGCGGCGCUGGUGGCUGGGAUGCAGGUGUGCGGCGGCUGCAGGUGUGUGCGGUACUGCAGCAAGGAAUGCCAGGAGGAGCACUGGAAGGAGGGCGGGCACAAGGGGGUGUGCAAGGAGGGCAAGGCGCACAUCACAGAGAGCCGCGCGAGGAGCCGCCAGCUGUGAGGGGCGGGCGGUGCAAGGGUAGGUGGCAGCUGUGAGGCGCUGGCGAAAUGGCUGGGCUGGCAUGAAACUAUCACCUCGGGGAGCUGAGGAAAGCCGGGGACAAUCGGCGUUUCGGAGAUAGUAAAGGUGCGCGUGGUAGCGCGCCACGCACAGCAGUGAAACCGCGCCACAGUGGACUUCCUGGAGCGCACCACAGUAGCAGGCCAGCAGGGGAGGCGUGGAUGACAAUCCUGAACACGACACGGUCUUGGAGUUGGAGUUGUCCGGAGGUACGUUGCAAGUUUUGAGGGUUGUUCGAGUCGAGGCUGUUUGGCUGAGUGAGAUGCAGGCAGUACCAUAGUAAUUAUAGACCAGUUAAUGUGCUGGGUGCAGCAAGUUAAAUAUUUACGUGGGAAACCCGUGGCCGUGGGUUGGCAGGGCAGUACCGAGCUCUCUGUGCUGUGACCGGCGGGAUGCUGCUCGUCAACGCGCACGCACCCGCUCCAAGUUGCUGCGAAGGGACCCACGACUACCUGAGGUCAUGAUGUAUCAAAGCGCUCGAGUCAAUGGUGCGUAAGGCCUCCCACACGUGUGGCUGUGCGAUGGGACAGUGGUAAGGCAGGUUGGUAAAGUCCCGCAGGGUGCAGCUGAUUCCCAGAACCCAGCAGAUGGCAAACUAUUUGCA